AUGGUCCACACGCGUGGACAAGGAGCGCGGCCCGAAGGCUUUUCUGAAUAUGUCCCCCAAAAACGUAAGAGGAGAUCUGCCAUCCCUAAUGUCAAAAUCUGCUAUGAGCGCCCGCAGCGGCGUGUUGUUUGUCCUCCGUCACCUCCAUCAUCUCCCCCACCUCCCAGCGAUGUGAACAAAGGCACCAUGCCGAAUAAUUCAAAAUGCGAGGAUGCCUCUAUUCCAACGGACCCAGAUCUGACAAAGUCCCCAGAGACCCCUACAGGAAAGCGACGUCGAGAACCCGAGGAUGAGGCCGAGUCAUCAUCGAAACGCGCCCGGAACAACCUUCUAACACCCCAGCCACCAAAACACAAGCCCUUCUUCACCUCGAGUUGGCGCACGAGAUCUGCCCUGUCCGUCCCACCCAAGAUAUCGAUUCUGGAUACACCAACCGGUUUCGCUCAAAAAGUCCAUUCCGUCGAGGCUUUACAUGAAUCUCCAUAUUAUGCCAAGAUAUUGAAACCGACCGAUGACAAAGAGGAAAAGGCAACCCCCGAGCCCGCGGAAGAAGCCACUCCACAGACCCCUCAGCAACAAAGUACUCCGGUCCAGCCUGGUAUCUUCGGAAGUGUGAGAAAGAUCUUUGGGCUCUUCAAGGGCUCAUCGCCAGUCAAAUCAAGCACCCCGGCGGUACAGCCAACGGCCAGAACCUCUCCACCUCAACAGCGAACCUCAAGCCCAACUCCAGAACUCGAUCUGGUGGCAAAUAGUCCUCGGCAAUCUCCAGAGAAUGUUCCAUCGCCGCAUGCUUAUCAGGCUGCGCAUGAUCAGUACUUCAAGCGUCGUCGCUACGGAGAAACCAAAUCUGGACAAGCCUUUUUGGCGGCAAAAGCAAGAGAUGAGGAUGUCGAGUUCGAAGCCACUCCAGGCUCUAACAAGAGAAAGCUAGCAUCUGUCGAUGGCAAAAUACCUGGUCCAAAGGCCGGUGGUUUCGGUAUUGAUGAUAGCUAUCUCGACGUUGAAAAUCACGUUGACGAGGUCGAUUCGAUUCUGGACCCAUCAACUCCCACCAAGACAACUCAGCAACCUCAAACUCCUCUACGCUCAGCAUUGCGACAGAAUGCCAAUUCUACUAUUGGUCGGUCAGGAAAAACAGUCUUGUUCAAUCCGAACACCGAAGUCAAGCACGUCUAUAGAUCAUAUGGACCAGCUGGACAGUAUCAUGGCAGUGUCUUUUCCGAUACAUCGAGCAUCUCUGAGUCAUCUGUGUCGCUGAACAACCCACAAAGUAUCCUAUCACCAUCCACUAUCAGCAAUACGCGCAAGAAUGAGACCACUCGAUUUGCACUCGACAACAAUGUAUUCGAUCCCAACGACAAUAGCUGGCGUCCGUCGCUCGCGAAUCCAUCGCCUGGUCAUUUCCGUCUUCCCGAAGCUGAUGAGUACGAUGAUUUUGAUGAUAGUGAGUUAUCUGAACUCGAAAAGGAGAAGGAACGUCAAACCCAAACCAAUGUUCCUCCCCAACCGAGUACACCUCGGAUGUCUCAUGCAGAGUUGCCUCAAUCCUCUGGUUCAAAUGCUAUCUCAUCAUUCCCCAGCCAGAAUGACAGUGGUGUUGUCAAUGACAUACAAGAAACCAGACUCAACAAGGCUAGAUCCGAGGCUCAGAAGUACAAACCAGCACGAUCAUCACGCUUGUCUCAUGGAGAGCCAGCACGGUCACGAUCAUCCUCUCCCCCAUUGACAGAUUCGAACACCGAGCACGAAGACUUGACCAACUCUGAUUUCACAGAGUCAAACUUGAUGUUCUCAACACCUGGACCUACGAACUUCCAGCCUCGUCACCAUAGUACGAUUAUGGAGGAAGAAACUCCAGCCAAACAACCUAGUCGCGAAGAACUAGACAAUACUACAGUCGGCGAAGAUGGUAUGACGGAGUACGAACGUGAACAUCAAUUUGACGAAUGGGCGAAGAGCAUUUUCGACAGCGUUACAGUUCAAACGUAUGAAGAGGCCGGAAUCGCAAGCUCGUACAUUGCCGAUCUGGUGCGCAAGAACUGGACACAGAAAGACACCGAAGACUCCAUUGCCUACUGGGACAAGGAAUUUGAAGAGGGAAUCAAGGCUGACCGGGAAGCUCGUGCGUCAGGUCGACAACUGGUCUGGGUCACCGAUCCGGCGGAUAUGAACUAA